AUGAAAACGGAUUCCGUCGCAAGCGAGCCGGAGCGCGGCCUCACGGAGAACCACGCCCAUACGUAUGUAUCAUCGGGGAACGCGUGCGUGGAUUUCCUUUUCCACGUGCUUCCGCAGACCACGCGCGACCAUGCGCACCGGCGGCUCGAGGCCGCGUGGGCGGAGGACCCGGCCACGGCGCUGCGGCUGGUGAUGCAGCUGCGCGCGGUGCGCGGCACGGGAAAGAGCGACCGCUCCAGCUUCUUCCACUGCGUCACGUGGCUUUAUCAACACCACCCGCGGACGCUUCUCGAGAAUCUCUGGCUGGUUCCCGAGUUCGGAUGCUUUAAGGACCUUCUAGAGAUCGUGCGGCUCGUUCUGGCGGAAGAAGGGGUGUACUCGAAUGAGGAGGAGGGGAAGAAGAUGCGGAAAAAGGGACGCGGCGGGAUAAGAUUCUAUGGCGGCUGGGAACAUGAGAGGAGUCGGGCGGAAGUUGUUGCGCAAGAAUGGCUAGACUCGGAUGAGACUGAUGAUGCCACGGCUUGGAACAACAUCUCGGAGAUGGUGAAAAGGAACAGCUGGGAAGGGAGCAAGAGCGACAUGAUGUCCGGGAAGGAAAAGCAGAAGCUUUGGGAGGAAUGGGUAGCGGAGGAGCGGCGGCAAAUGGCGGAGGAGAAGGAGGAGAAGGAGCUCCUUGCGGCCGUUCCGCGCAAGGAAAGGCACGCGCGGAGGGCGGCGGAGGUGGCGCACGCGUACGAGACGAGCGAGCGGCUGCGCGCCGUGCACAACGCGGUGGCGGCGAUCUUCGCGGCUGCGCUGAAGAAGGACCUGGAGACGAUGCGCGCGUUCGAAGAGAGGCGCGCGCGGAAGAACGCGGAAGGGGGAGGGGCGCAGGGGGAGGAGACGAUGGGCGAGGAGAAGAAUGAAGAGGCAGGGGAGAAGGGUGUCGAAAUGGCAGAGGCAGAAGGGGAGGGGGAAAAGGAACAGAAAGAGGAGAAUGGAGGGGACGGUGAGAACGGUGGCAAGGGCAAGAAGAAGCGCAAGUGGAUGGGGAGGCCGGCGCCGAGGCUCUCUCUGGCAGCCAAGUGGGCGCCCUCCCCUGGCAAGUCGUUUGAUCACUCCACACUGCUCACCUCCUCCAUCGCCCUCCUCCUCUUCCCCCCCUCCCCCUUUUCCUCCUCCCCCUCCUCUGCUGCUGCUGCUGCGGCGGCUGCUGCUACAUCUGAUGCUGCUGAUUCCGGGAUGGAUGUGAACAGUGGAGCAGCAGCAGGCGGGGGGGGCGGGUACGUGCGCGUGGCGAAGGAGCGGCUGCAGAGGGAGGUGCUGGCGCCGCUGCGGAGAGUGCUGGAGGUGCCCGAGGUGCACAUGAGCAGCGGGCAGUGGGAGCACGUGGCGUACGGGCGAGUCCCAUCCAUAUGCAUGAAGAAGAGCCGCAAGCUCUUCCUCUCCCAUGACCUGCCGCGCUUCACAGAGUACCUCGAGGAUGUGAAGGGCGGGGAGGCAAAGAUCGCUGCUGGAGCGGUGCUGCCGCAUGAAGUGGUGCAAACAGCCGUGGAAGCCGCAGCGGAGGGUGACUUGAACGACAGUGUGGGCGAGCUGCAGUGGAGGGCCAUGGUGGCUGAUGUGCGCAGCAAGGGGUCCCUGGGGAACAGCAUGGCGGUGUGCGAUGUGUCGGGGAGCAUGACCGGCACACCCAUGGAGGUGGCCAUUGCACUGUCGCUGCUCGUGAGCGAGGUGAGCAGCGAGCCGUGGAAGAACCACCUCAUCACCUUCUCCGCGCAGCCCAUAAUCCACCAGGUGCAGGGAGAAACCCUCGUGGAGCGCGUGAGGAGCACGCAGGGCAUGGCCUGGGGCUACAACACGAAUUUCCAGGCGGUGUUUGACCUGCUGCUGUCCCGCGCAAACAAGUUCCAGCUAGACCCGGCCGACAUGGUGCAGCGGCUGUACGUGUUCUCCGACAUGCAGUUUGAUGAGGCGGGCAGGGCUAGCGGGGCCGACUGGGAAACAGACCACCAGGCGAUAGUGCGCAAGUUCACUGCAGCUGGUUACCCUGUGCCGCAGAUAGUGUACUGGAACCUGAGGGGGGACGCUCGUGCGAGCAGCACACCGGUUCUUGCAAGUGAGGAUGGGGUGGCGAUGGUAUCGGGUUUCAGCAAGGGCAUGCUGCUGGCGGUGAUGGAAGGGAAAGAGAUUUCUCCCAUGGGAGUGAUCAAUGAGGCUAUCUGUGGGAAGCUUUUCGAGCUUAUUCGGGUUGUGGAUUGA